AGCGGAGCUUUGAGGUGGACGGACUGGAGUCACAGACAGGGUCGGAUUCCGCAUCACAAGGAUACACAAUAAAUCGUAAAUUUCAAGUUGGAACCUGAUCUCACUUAGACCUGGAAUCCUUCUGGUACUGGACUUUUAAACAACUGGAUAUUUGAAGUAGACUAUUUAUUUAACCAGUAGUUUCUUUGUAACCUGUAGGGUAAGUUUCCUCUGUACUUUGUUACCGGACAAAGGAUAUUAACGCCGACUAGCCUGCUGUACUUACUGAGGAAUAUUGUUAAAAUAUACGUCUUAAUUAUACGUUUAACCCAUGCAUUUUGCAUUCAAUAGGCUGGGUUCUGCUGUAUAACAUUGCUGUUUGGUUCUUUUGUUAUUAUAUUCGCAGGGUUGAAAUAUAUGUUCAUACAAAGCCUCUAGCAGCAGCAGCGACUUGCUAUAAACAGAAAACGAUUUAACAGGGCAUCGAUCAGUUCGCUUAUAGUUUGACCAAUCCGGUUAUAUUUAGUUUACUCAGGAAAAUGAUGCGGAUGCCUAAAGGCGUCUCUCCGGCAUCGGGUCGGCCGGUAGUGGGUCUGCCUUGUCCUCAGCAGAAGAUGAAGGUUUUGUCCACCGGAGGACUGAAGACUGAGUUCUUCAGCACCGGACUCUCCAGCCCGCCAAUGAGCACGGUACCAGCCGGUUAUUUCACCCAGAUCUGCAACACAGCUGCGGCCGAACAAAGAGCCAACAGCCUGUAUUCAACCCCCCACGGACCAGAGGCUAAACCCAUCAGAUCAUCCUCCGGGCGACUGCCGGCUAAAAGGAAGCUGGAUCUAGAGGACCCUCUCUACAUGCCAGAGUUCCGCACACCAAAAGGCAAAGGCAGCAUCGCAGCGAGGGUACCAAGUCCAAGGACUCCAAAAUCUCCAGGUGAGCGGACACGGUACGACACCUCCCUGGGCCUGCUGACCAAGAAAUUUGUGGGUCUUAUCUCAGAGUCUCCUGAUGGAGUCCUAGAUCUAAACUGGGCCACUGAGGUUCUGGAGGUCCAGAAGAGACGCAUCUAUGACAUCACCAACGUACUGGAGGGAGUCCAGCUCAUUAGAAAGAAGUCAAAGAACAACAUCCAGUGGCUGGUUGGAGAUGUAUUUGAGGGUGGUGCAAGUGGAGGAGAGAAGGCCUGUGCCCUGCGGAAAGAGCUUGGAGACCUGGAGAGGGUAGAAAAGUCUCUGGAUGAACUGAUCCACUCCAGCACCGCACAGCUCAAACAACUCACAGAAUAUGAAGACAAUAAAAGAUUGGGCUAUGUGACAUAUCAAGACAUCCGCUCCAUCGGGACACUCCGAGACCAGACAGUCAUUGCCGUCAAGGCCCCUGCAGACACCAAACUGGAGGUGCCAGACACAGCAGGGCAGGGCUCAUUACAGAUAUAUUUGAAGAGUAAGAAUGGACCCAUUGAAGUCUACCUGUGUCCAGAAGAGGGACUUGAAGAUGCCAGCCCAGUUAAAAGCGCUAUCACCCCUAAAAAGGAGUUCCCUCAGCCCCUCUGCCAUCCACCAGUAACCCCGAUGGCGCCACCAAUCUACAGCGUCAAAGAGGAGCCUUCUGAAUCAAAUAUUUCCACAGCCACUUCUGCCUCUGACUCCACUUCGACUAUGCUGGACGUUGAGCGUCUGCUGGGUUUGCCCCCCAGCCUACUGCAGAUGACAGAAGACCAGCUUCCUUGCACCUCUUUCGCCCCAGACCCCAACACCCCCUUUGUCAGUUUCUCUCCUCCGUUGGACCACGACGAUUACCUCUGGAGUCUGGAGGAUAGUGAGGGAGUGUCAGAUUUCUUCGACACCUACGAUCUUGGAGAACUUUUGAAGAGCUGAGGUGUAGAUGAAGGAGGGUGGGGGUAAUCUGGGGAGAUUAGGGGGAAUAUUUAAUUAAAUGCCUUUUCGAGGUAGGAAAUAUUACACUAUGAAGCCAUAACUCUUUGGUUUACCAUGCCUGUUUUGAUGUCAGUGAACCCAAAGGAGGAGUUACCCCUUUUCGAUUAUUUUAUAAAAUUCUGUAUAUAUUUUUGUAAAAAUAAAUAUCAGACUGGAAUGUUUGUCGAGGUUUAGAUUGACAUGGAUGUGUAAAUCAAACCAUUAGGAAACACUGUUUUAAAAGCAUGUAUUAACUUAAACGAAGAUAGGAGUUAUUAUGCAUUUCGCCAAGCAGCAAAACCUGAUUUUUCUGUUCAGGCGCCGUUUACAGUGUGUCAUCUCAGGAAUUUAUAUUGUUUUUGUUUCCAAAGUCUUAAGGUUUUGUGCCUCUCUUUGGCCCAUAGGGGGCAGCCUUGUAUAAUGUCAGCUUUAACUGCCAUGCAGCUUUACGUGUUUCAAUCACUGGAUGAGAGAGAGCUAAAGCCCCAAGAGACAUCAAUUAAUCUUGCUGUGAAUAAUAUCACUCCUUGUAGGUGGAUAAACAAUAUCUGAUUUGAGCUCGUGUUGUUUUUUCCGAUCAGGUUUGCUUUCUUCGCCUUAAGCUUUAUGUCUGGCCUCAUACCUGUUUGGUGAUGCGUUGUGUGCCAAAAUGUGAAAAGGCAACUUCUGACACCCAAUAGUGGAGCCAGAUCCAGAGUUAAUGACUGAUAAUGGGUACAUUGUGUGAACACAUACAAUUUCUGAUUGGUCCCACUCACUCUUGUUGGUAUUGCAGUUUAUUUCAAAUCCAGGUUCUCCUCUAUUGAUACAAGUUUGCUGAUUUUAAUAGAAGUUUUUAGAUUUAGUAUUGUGAAACUACUAUUGUAUUUCUGAGGAAAUAACCCCAAAUAAAUGAAUCUGUGUUGCAGGUGUGAUGGAAAGGGGGUCAAUUGACUUACUUAAGGUUUAAUUAGAGUAGCUAUUUGCUUUUGCUCUUGUUCAGAAAUGGAUGAAGUCUGCUUACUGUCUUGCAGCAACACAAAUAAGAAAUAAUUAUUAUUAGCUGUUUAAAGUUCACGCCAUAAAUGCUUUCAUGCAUGCUGGUGCAACCCUUUUAAAUUUCAAAGUCAUGCACGCGAGGUCAGAGCAGCUUUAUCUGUUUACCGUUUUAUUGUUUUUUGUUUUCAAAGCGCUCUAGACAUUUGCUAAUUUGAAUUGCAUGCAGAUAUAAUUUUGGCUUUCCCUCUAAACUGCAGAGAUAAGCUAACUGUCCUGUCCUAUCAAAACUUGAAAAAUGUGUUUGUGUGUGUGUGUUGGUGUGUGCGUGUAUUUGACAGCUUGGCAAUUGGGUGUCAUGGUGUGUUUGUGUGAGUUUUAUGAUGCAGAUUAGAUAAUUAAUUCAGAAUUUGUAGGUUUGUUUCAAUGAGCAUUAUUCUUCUGGUAUUGUACAUAAUUUGUUUUGUAUUUAUACCUGAAUAUUUGAAAGUUGAUACAUACCUUUUUUUACAGAAGGCAAAACUGUUUUUGUAUGACAUGCGGCACUUAAUAUUUUGUAAUAUUGUGUGGUCUGUUUGAAAUGAUUAAAUAAACACUGAAGCCAUUGUUUA